AACAUCGAUUGAAAAUGUAUUAUCAUCAGAAUUUCUACGUCGGCAUAAUAUGCGAAAUAGCUCAAAUAAACAAUAAUGGGGUUUCCCACUUAUGCACGAUGACGAUAAGUUUGAAUUUAAAACUUAAGCUAAUUGUUGUUUAGUUUCAUUCCCCUGAAAAACUAUGGUUAGUGUGAAUUUCAAGAUUUGACAACAAAUGUUUCACUAUGCAACGAACCCCCCACCAUGAAAAAAAAAUGUACAAUUUUCAAUGCGACCUAAACUUAUUCACAUUCUCCCCCACACCCCCUUGUGUUAAUAUUAUCUGUAUCCACCGCCUUAAUCUUUGCAUUUACUAUAACAUGAUCCGUGUUUUGCUCGUAACGUGGAAACCCACUUACAAAAUUGCAUGAUCACAACAACUGGGGUUAAACCACGACACAACAUCGAAAAAAAUAUUUUGAAACAAUAUUUUGCAAACAAUGGUGGGGAUGAUCGAAAGAAACUAUUGAUCUGAAAUUACUUCUUAUUCUUAAGUUUUUAAUUGCAUGAUUUUUUAGAGUUUGAGUUCUAUAUUCUGGAAACGAUCUUUUAAGUUUCUUCUGCCAUACAUUUACUUUCAUGACACAAUU